CCGUGCGUCGUCCAGAGUGCAUCGCGGCUCGGCCAGGCGGGGACGCGGCGCUGCGUGCCGUCUCUAUUUAUAUAUUGACGCGCCCCGCGCCCCUCGCGCACGCGCAAUGCGCACCUGAAAACGUCGAAAGUGAAAAUUGCACAUAAUGGUACCACACGGUGCACUGCGCCGCUCACAGGACUAGACAUAACUCCACACGUGAAACGCGCGAAGAACCCGGCACCGGCGGCUUCUAGCGGGCCGCUAGGAUGGCCGUUGAGCGCACGCCGACACCCGGCACUGCGGCAGUUCUGCGUCACACAUCAGCUGUACCGGCGCGCUCGUGACGUCUCGUGUUCGAGCCGGCGCGAUGGCGUCCACGAUGCAGCUGGAGUUCACCCAGGCGAUGACGGAUUUUAAGACGAUGUUCCCGGACAUGGACGACGACGUGAUCGAGGCGGUGCUGCGCGCGAACCAGGGCGCCGUGGACGCCACCAUCGAUCAGCUGCUGGCGAUGAGUACCGACAACCAGAACGAGAGGUUGCGGCUGGAGAUGGAGAGGGUGGAGGGUGCGAGCCCGCGCAGGCCGCGCCGCUCCUCGCGCCCGCAGCGCAACGGCGAAGACAACGACACCACGGCACUCGUAGACAUCGACGACGACUCAGUACCUCUAGCCGUACGAAGGAAAUGGGUACCGCGAAUGCUUGGUCCUUUACCGCCCAUGUUUCUACGCAUACCACCUGGCACUGACGCGCGGAUAGACCUGAGUUUGGACAUGGACGACGAUCGCAUAGCCACGUUUCUGCAGAAUGAGGAGUUCAUGGCUGAACUCAGGUGGAACCAGGAGUUCAUGGCGGCGUUGGAUAGUGAGCAGGGGAAGACGAAGGGCGAUGACGAAGCGGAUUUUAAGGAGCGGCUUAAGAAUAUGGGGAAACUAUCGCGCAAGAAGUUCGCACAACUGUCGCGCAUGUUCUCACGCAGCUCGAGCGCGUCGCGGCGCUCAGGCGGUGCGCGCGCGCCUCCGCGCGGUCCGCCCGACAGCCUGCUGCUGCAGGAGGAACACAGCGACGAUGAAGACCAUCACCGGCCACACAAGGUUUAAGCACAGUGCGACAACUAAUGGGUACAGUUUUAGGGCCUUUUUACUCGUAGUCUUGCCUAUCCGGUCAGCUUUGAUAGCAUGGAAGCGGUAGCAAAUGAUAAAUUGAGAAAACGCGCUUCACAUAUUCUAUUUCCUCACUACUUUGUGAAAUGAAUAAUUAAGAAGUAUAGUAAUCGUUCGCUACGAGUAGCUAGAUGCACGCAGCACCAGUUCGACCUUUAGGAAUGUGACUAAAACGGCCUUAAACAUUAUGGGUGCUCAUGAAUCUGGUAUAAAUGAGUGUCCAUAGCGAUGUCUGUUCGAGGCUGUUUAGGAACGGCUGGACUUGAAAGGCGUAUUACUUUUAUUCUACUAUACCUACCUAUACAAUUUACUUUAAAUACUACUAACUAAUAUAGUUACUAAACGUCAGUAAGUAACAGUUACGUUACGAAUCAUAAUAUAUGCGUAGACGUUACUGUCACAGAUGAAAAGCGUAAUGUAGAUCUAAACUGCUGCUACUUAAUUGCAUAGCAGAAUUCACGCAUUGUAGAUACAUAUAUUGUUUUUUAUAACAUACUUAAUCCAUCAGGAAUUGUAACGCUCAUCAAGCUUAGUCGAGCAGAUACGUAGCGCUACGUAUUGCUAGAGGUAAAGACAAGACUGUACUCUGUUUAAUAGAGGUGGAUACGAUUGUUAUAUGUAAACGGUAAAUGAAACUAAAGACGAUACGGGGAAUGGCUGCAAAGCACUCUCCAAAGAAAGGCUGAUAAGGAAAAUUUUGUAUAAAAUUUAUUCACAUUAUAGUUAGAUACUCAAUGUAAAUAACUGUUGUAGACUCGAUAAGUAGAUUGCUCUAUCUUUUACGUCUUCAAAUUUAGAUGCCGUUAGCGGAUUCUUGUUAGGAUCAAUUUCUAGUUGCCUAUCUUGGUGAUCACUCGGUUAGCCUAAGGCACAGAACAUACGGAGGGUUAUGGUGCUCACCGCACUUCGCAGCGUUGAAUGCAACUGUAAAUAAACUGCAAACUUUUUGUACCCACGUGUAAAAUUCCACGAGAUGGUGGAAUUUUGAUCAUAAAUUAAGAAAAUGUGAAUUAGACCGACUGACAUCUGAUGUGCAAUCCCUUUGCUUUUGAUUGGCUUAAGACACCAUCGGCACGCAACAUGCAGAGCUCUCAGAUAUGUAGGUUUUACAGGUUUUAUUUUCGUCACAAAACAUGCGUGCUAGCUCACAGCAAGCACGGCACCAAGCCGCUCCGUGUAUUCUGCGCCUAACUACAAAUUGCAACGUCGAAAUAUGCAUCGACUAUUAUUCCUGCUUGUGCCCGUUCGGGUCGCCGCAAGAGUAUAGGGUUUCGUUCAUAAUCCACUAAUGACUUAUUCCAGAAUAUUAGUUAUUUCUUAGCAACGUAGAAAAUAACGAGCCCGUAAAUUAAUAUGUGGAUCCUGAUCUUGAUUUGAAUCGAAAUCACUUUAGUACGGUAGUAUUUUGAACUAUUGUUUUUAUAAAGUACCUAGUUGUGUAUUUCUAGUCUCCGUUCCAAAGUUACCUAUAUUUACGUUUUUAGAUUUUAAGUUGUGUGACUAAGGAUACUACUGUCAGUAGUAAGUAGAAUAGAAACUGUCCUUCCACGGCAAUCAAAUUUACGACAUUUGAUCACCGGUAAAAGCGACACAGAAAGCCGCAUUAACUACAUUGUAUAGUUACUAAAAUUUUAUAAGAAGCUUCUUCAUAGCCUGUCCCGCGUUUGGGAACUCUGCUAUAAACGUAUGAGGGAUGAGCAGCCAUGCGUGGCUCUUUCGCUUGCUAAAUACUUGUUUUAGCGAACCAGCACAUUGGGUACCCAAGACGAGAUCUGUAACAAUAAGGACGAUGUGUAGGGUACGGUGACUACAAUUAUACUGGUUACACUGAGGCGAUUACUCGGUAAGUCAUAAGAACAGCAGCCGAGGCCUUUGGCCCUGGCCGACACUGAGCUAGGGAAGAUAAAAUGUUACGCAGUUUAAAUAAAAAGUUAUUUCUAUAA